CCAAACGGUGUUUAUGUUAAAUAAACCCCGUCAAUUUUUCGUUCAUUUUUGUUCUUUUGCGGAAAAGAUGUUUUCUACUGUUAAAGCAGCAUGUCAUUUGCGAAAAGCAUUGCAUCCACUAUUCUUAGUUCGGAAUGUUCACGCUAGUAUAACGUCACACUCACCAAACGUUGCUGUGGUACGGUAAUCUGGUUCUGUCAGGCUGCGGUGUUUAUGAUGGGAGUGAGGUCCAUGAAUCUUCAGCGGUGCUGGUUCACCUUAGCCGGUCAGGAGCCGAUAUCUCAAUGUUUGCUCCAGAUAUUGACCAGAUGCACGCUAUAGAUCAUACAAAAGGCGAGCCCAUGGACAUAAAUAGAAAUGUCCUUGUUGAAUCUGCACGAAUAGCUCGAGGAAAGAUCUCAUCAUUGUCCAACCUGAAGGCCACAGACUAUGAUGCUGUCAUUUUUCCGGGAGGAUUUGGGGCAGCCAAAAACUUAUCAAGCUUUGCUGUUGAUGGAGCCAACAUGACAGUGAACACUGAUGUAGAAAGGGUCAUUAAAGAGUUCCAUAAUAAUGGUAAACCUAUUGGGUUGUGCUGUAUUGCCCCAGUACUUGCUGCACGAGUGUUGCCAGGGUGUGAGGUAACUGUUGGGCAGGACAAAGACGACGGAGGCUCAUGGCCAUACGCCGGCACUGCAGGAGCCAUAGCGACAAUGGGCGCUAAACAUGUCAACAAGAAUGUGGAUGAAGCCUACACUGACAGCAAGAAUAAGAUCGUCACAACGCCAGCAUUCAUGUGUGAAACCAAGUUCCACGAAAUAUUUGACGGAGUUGGGAAAAUGAUCGACGGGGUUUUAAAACUCCUACGAUGAAAUAGGAUAUUUGUUUCAGUAUUUAAUAUUUUUUAUGUUUUUGUAUUGUGUGGUUUAUUAAAGAUCAGAAUGGUGACUUCAGUUGAAAAUAUGUAUGGCAGUUAUUGGCCAUAUUGCAAAAAAUAUAUAUAUAUUACAAGUAGUAUUUUCAAUACUACAGUAGAUAGUAAUUGUUGAUUUGUGAAAUUCUAGUGCAGACAUGCAUGUUUGUUUAUAGUAUAAUUGAAAAAAAAUGUGAAAUGAG